AAAAUGAUGAUACUGGAAUUUGGCUCAAGCUGUCAGGGGUGACGAAAAGCGUGGGCAACGCCUCCUGCCCGGGCUAUAAAGGGCUCCCAGCCGGGGGAAGUCAGCACUCGCUGUCUGCGCUGCCGAGCCCUCCUCACCCUCCCGCCUCCGCCAGCCUUCGCCAUGAGCACCACUGUCAGGCAAUUCUCCUCCUCCACCUCCCUCAAGGGAUUCGGGGGCCCGGCUGGAGGCUCCAGCAGGCUUUCCUCCGUGCGUGUUGGAGGAGGAGGAGGCUACAGGGCUCCCAGUGUCCACGGAGGCUCUAGCAGCUACUCUGUCUCUUCGCGCAUGGUCUCGGGGCUCGGAAGUGGCUACGGGGGCAGCUACUGCAGCAGCGUAGGAGGGGGCCUCGGCGGUGGCUUUGGGGGCAGCUAUGGGGCUGGCUUUGGAGCUGGCUUUGGAGGGGGCCUCGGCGGUGGCUUUGGGGGCAGCUAUGGGGCUGGCUUUGGAGCUGGCUUUGGAGGUGGCUUUGGAGGUGGUGAUGGAAUCCUCCCAGCUGGGGAAAAGGAGACGAUGCAGAACCUCAACGACCGCCUGGCCUCCUACCUGGACAAAGUGCGUGCCCUGGAGGAGGCCAACACCGACCUGGAGGUCAAGAUCAGGGAAUGGUACAAGAAGCAGGCGCCUGGUCCAGAGCGUGACUACAGCCCCUACUACAGGACAAUCGAGGAGCUCAGGAACAAGAUUCUUGCUGCAACCGUCGAAAAUGCCAACAUCGUCUUGCAGAUUGACAACGCCAGGCUGGCAGCUGAUGACUUCAGAACGAAGUUUGAGACGGAGCAGGCUCUGCGCAUGAGUGUGGAAGCCGACAUCAACGGCCUGCGCAGAGUCCUGGAUGAGCUGACCCUGGCCAGAGCUGACCUGGAGAUGCAGAUCGAGAACCUGAAGGAGGAGCUGGCUUAUCUGAAGAAGAACCAUGAGGAGGAAAUGAAUGCCCUGCGCGGGCAGGUGGGUGGAGAGAUCAGCGUGGAGAUGGAUGCUGCUCCUGGAGUCGACCUCACCAAGAUCCUGGCUGAGAUGAGGGAGCAGUACGAGAGCCUGGCCGAAAAGAACCGCAGGGAUGCCGAGCAGUGGUUCUUCAGCAAGACGGAAGAGCUGAACCGGGAGGUGGCCAUCAACACGGAGCAGCUUCAGAGCGGCAAGACGGAGAUCACAGAGCUACGACGCACCAUCCAGAGCCUGGAGAUUGACCUCCAAUCCCAGCUCAGCACGAAAGCGGCGUUGGAGGGCACCUUGGCCGACACCGAAGCUCGCUACGGCACCCAGCUGGCCCAGCUGCAGGUGCUGAUCACCAGCGUGGAGGAGCAGCUGGCCGAGCUGCGGUGCGACAUGGAGCGCCAGAACCAAGAGUACAGGGUCCUCCUGGACGUCAAGUGCCGCCUGGAGCAGGAGAUCGCCACGUACCGCCGGCUCCUGGAGGGCGAGGAUGCCCACAUCUCUUCCCAGUACUCCUCCGCCAUGUCCUCACACUCUGGCAGAGACGUUACGACAUCCUCCCGUCAGGUGCGCACCAUCGUCGAGGAGGUGCAGGACGGGAAGGUGGUCUCCUCCCGGGAGCAGGUUGCGCUCACCACUCGCUAGGAGAGCAAACAGCUCCGUGGAUCCUCAAUCCCAGACUCGAGAGAGCGGCAAGCUGAGCCAAGCCCUGUCCGAGGCCGUGUGUGAUGGGGUUGUGACAAGGAAAGCAGUCGGCUUCAUUCAUCUCCUCCUCCUCCCUCUUUCAUCUUAAUUUCCUGCGGGUGCCACUGUGCACUCUGUACACAUUUAAUAAAGCCUUUUUUUCUUGUUCAUGCAA